AACCCCCCGACGAAGAGGAAGGGGAGGAAGUAAGGAUCUAUGCCGAUUCCCUUUUGCACACCGGUCCGGCGCUACUGGGAUAUUGUUUUGUAUCUAGUGUACACAUUUCAUUUUUCUCGAGGGCUUAUUUACGUAUAAGCUGAUACUAGGCAAAUUGCAUUUAAGCAUUGAACGCGUAGCAGGACCCCCGGUUAUGCUAUGACCAAACCGACGAUAGUAUCCUUGGAAUCAUUGCAUUCCUCUCCUUGCCUGUUCGGCUCGUCCUAUGCGGCCUUUGUGCGUAUGUAACAUUCUGCUUCACGGAUUUCAAAUUGUUCUGAACAAAAGCAUGUGCGAGUUGUUGGCUGGCCCACAGCCGCAACCAACGGGAUCAUUUCAUUUUGGCGAGCCUUUUGUUGAGGCUUUAAUAUUGUUGCUAGCUUCGACCUACGUCAACGCAAAGGGCAUUUCACGCGCCAUCAGUCAGAAAGGUUGCAUCCCCAAAGCAAGAAAGGGCCACCGAAGCCGGGUGGUGGGCCAGAUCCUUAGCAGUGUAUGUUGUUUGGCCCCCCACACCAGGGACGAGCUUCGCUAUUGCACAAAGGCGCUGGCGACUUCCCGUUCGUCCAGAUUGAGUGUACCGCCUACGCUACAUUUCUUCGCUGCCCUCGCCACGGGACGGAAUAUAGGGUGUCUCCUUGCUGCUAGUAAUGCGGGUCUUGCGCAAUAUCCAUAUCUUGCGGCGAUUGCUUGGAAUGCUAGGAUUUACAGAUCUACCAACUUCCUUUCUUAGUCUCAUUCGGUUGUUGCAGGGUCUUGGCCCUGACGGUGUUAGGCACAUCUAUUCAGAUUCUGUGGUGGCCCCGUUCCACUGCUGUCAAAGUCGUUGCU